AUGGAUUUCCCUCAGGGCCUGUUUCCAUUUGCGCCCAUACCAAAGGAAACCGCGGAACAUUUCUCCUUGUCACCAUGGUGCAAAGCUAUGCUCGAAGACAGCUCUAUGCAUCCCUUUUCACCUCGGUCGAGAAUGAUCAAAGAGCAUAGCUGUGAUACAUUUACGGCCAUUACCCUUCAGACCCCAGACACUAUCUCGCAUUGUCAAUUCUUCUACUCUCCGCCCAACUCCUCGCGUUCGUUUGGCGAAGUUCUGGCACUGAUGAGUUUGGGUGCGCAUGUCAAUGGACAUAUUGAUACUGCCCAUGGCGGGUUCACUGGAGUCAUGCUGGAUGAUAUGAUCGGUUGUGCAGCGUCAAUCGUCAGGCCAAGAAAUAAGACUACUGUGACGGCGUAUCUACACAUUACGUAUAAAAAACCAAUCGGGACACCUGGGGUUGUGUUGGGGAGAAGUUGGGUAGACAGGACAGAGGGAAGGAAGAUAUUUGGGAAAGCUACGAUCGAGGAUGGUGAGGGAGUGGUGUUGGCUACUGGGAAAGCUUUGUUCAUUAUGAUGGAUAGGAAAAAGCUGCGAGAAAAGUUGUGA